AUGAAAUUAAUAAUAUUAAUAUUUAUUAUUAUUUUAAUAAACUAUGUUUUUGGUCAAUCUAGUGAUGAUGAUGGUAGAUUAAGACCAAUACCUCAACAAUUAAUAAUAAGAAAUUUUAAACCUGAUCGUAAUCCAGAUUUUGGAAUCCGAUUAAGUGAUGAUCUUGUAACUGGUAUUAUGCAACCAACCUUGGGAGAUGAUAAAAGACCAAAAUAUUGUUGUGGCGAAAAUCCUGUCGUUGAUGAUCAAGGAGUUUUAAUUGUAAAUGAUGAACAAUCCUUUAAUAAAUGGUUCAAUAGUGAUGAUCUUUGUUCAAAUUAUUUUUUAAGUUAUCAAUUAGAUCUAGAUCUUUGGGAUAAUUUUAAUAUAAUAGGUGGUGGUGGACCAUUUGCACCAACUGAUGGUGUUGGAUUUGGUGACCCUAAUCUAUUCCCUGAGUAUGCAAGUGAUCGAUUCAAUCAGUAUCAUUGUUUUGAGCUUCAUCUCUCAUAUAUUCCACUCGAUGAAUAUAAUGACUUUUUCCGUUUUUCAAUUAUGGGUGAAAUUUGGGUUUUCUUCAAUAAUACUUUAAUAGCUGAUCAAGCUGGUCAAUCAAAUGGAUUUUCAGGCUCAGUUAAUUUCUAUCCAAAUACAAUUGAUGGUGUUGUUUACAAUGAUGAAAAUUAUGUUUAUCCCAUUGAUCUUUAUUCAUGUGUUAGAUCAAUUGAUGUUGAUCCAGAAUCAACACCAUUAACAAUAAUGGCAUCAGGUAAUUUCUUUUGUAGUUGGGUUGAUGAUGGUGGCGUUUGUAAUGGUUUAGAUUUAAGUGCUCCAUGUGUUGAUGACCCAACACAAUGUGUUGAACCAAAAGAAAUUUGUGGUAAUUGUGUUAGAGAUAUACCAAGAAUUUGUCCGGGUAGUGAAACUUUUUGUACAGUACCAGUUUGUUUAGAAGGUUUUGGUUGUACAAUUGAAAAUAAAACAAUUUGUGAUGACCUUAAUGCAUGUACUAUUGACACCUGUGAUGAUUUAUUAGGUUGUUCACAUGAAAUGAUUCCAAAUUGUCAAUGUAACUCUACAACUUGUUUCACUGAAGAUUUAUGUUAUCCAAAGUAUUGUUCUGGUGAUCUUUGUUUAACAAUUCCAAUUGAUUGUGCAAAUUUAGAACCAGAUUGUCCAACAUCUGUAUGUUUUGAUGGUCAAUGUUCAGUUUGUGAAGUUGAUUCAAGCUCUGUUGAUAUUUCAACCACUGGUAUAGUUACAACCACUGGCAUUUCUAUAUCUACAAUUGGUCCUGUAUCAACAACUGAUUUAUCAAUUUCAACAAUUGGUUUUGUAACUACCACUGGUGUAACAGCUUCAACGAUUGGCAUUGUUACUACAACUGGUUUCAUAACUUCAACAACUUCAACAACUGGUUUAUUAACCACUGCUUCAACAACCUCAACAACUGGUAUAUUAACCACUGCUUCAUCAACUUCAACAACGGGAAUACCAACAAUUUCAACAUCAAUUUCGACAUCAGGAGCAACAGGAACAACAACAACCCCAACAACAGGUUCCACUGGAACAAUACCACCUAUUGACCUUGCAAAAUGUAGUCAUGAUUCUUGCCCACCUCAUUAUUACUGUUAUCAAUUAACAAAUUCAUACACUUGUAUAUCAAAAGAAUUUUAUAAUAAUUGUGAACCUGAAAGAUUAAUAUUAUUUUAUUAA